CCUCUCACCAUUAGACCUACAGUGCAGUAUACACGUACCCUCCGUCAUGGCGGAAAAGGCAGAAGAGGCAGCUUCUCAAAAUAUAUUGUGUCCUUUGUGCCUGGACGUGUUUGAUAAUGCUUCCAUGUUGAUAUGUGGACAUACGUUCUGCAAGCAGUGUUUAGAGAGGUAUGAUGCCGCCCAUCGAGACCUAGAUCACAUGGUGUGUCCUCUCUGCAGGAAAGUCACCAAGUUGGAUAAAAGUCGAGUCGCUGGUCUACCCACAAACUUCACCGUCAAUGGCUUGGUAGACGAGUAUCACAGUUCACAAGGUGGGAUAAAUGCCGUUCUGGAGGAUCGACCGAAGUGCACUGCUUGUGAGCUCCAGGAAGAUGCUGAAUCCUUCUGCUACGAGUGUGGCAAUUACAUGUGCGCCAAGUGUGAUCAUUGUCAUAGUCAUCUGACAUCGUUCUUCAAGGGACAUCAGGUUGUGUCCAUGAAAGACGUCGUGGAAGGAACUGCCAGUAUCGGGCAAGUCACAGACAAGUGUUUGGUGCACAAACAUGAAAACAAGGAUCUUUUCUGCGAAGAUUGCAAAGUAUACUUAUGUCUGAAGUGCAUGAUCGUUAAUCAUCGGGAUCACAAUAUAAAAAAUCAGGCUGACUUUGAGAGGGAGAUUCAGCAGAAAGUGGAUGACUUCACCAAGCGCAGUAACGACAGAAAAAAUGAGUUCGAGAAGCAUAUCCAGGACAUUGAAUGCAAACGCCAAGAGAUCUUCACCACUAUCCAAAAGCUGCAAGGUAACAUAAGAGAGGCAUUUAUGGGAAAACUUGAAAAACUGAAAGAGAAUGAGCGGUUGCUUAUAACAGAAACACAGCUACUGCAAGAGAAUUGUGACAAAGAACUGGAUGCCUUGAAGUCUGGUCAUCGACAGAAGAUCAAGGCUAUUUCAAGCUCUGUGAGCCUUGUGGCCAAUGGAAGGUUGAGACAUUUAGAGAAAGACAGUCUGACAGCACACUCGUUAAUCUCCAAUGAACUAGAAGGUCUCUUGGAGGAAGCUAUCGAUGAGGAUUCUGUAACCGACUUAAUGACACGCACCUCCACAACACUGUUCAUACCGGCAGGAGAUACGCUUCUUGAUCUUGGUCGUGUGUCAAUCCCUUGUAUGGCAAUAGGAAAAAUGGUGGACCUACUAUAUCCAAUGAGUGGCAUAACACGACUAUCUGAGGAUUCGAUUCUCGUUGGAUAUGGAAGUAGUAGGUAUGAUGCUGAUAAAGUGGAAAUAAAUGGAAGCGUUCGAAGAUGUACACAAAGGAGUGUAAGGCUCUAUGACGUCACCCAUCAAAGCAAUUCAACAAUAGUGUUAUCAAGAGAUCAAAGGAAAAUACGUUUCUACAGUGCUAAAGACUGGUCGUUGACAUCAGAAAAAACAAUCUCAAAUGAUACAGGAUCUUCAUACCCAUUUAUAAGUGUUAGCUCUGAGAAUGAAAUCAUAGCGGCAAACAAGAAUGAUCGGAUUCAUAUCUUUGAUCCUACUGGAAGCACGAGAAAGCACUCAAUUGCAACAAUGGAAACACCAAUGCAAGCGCUUGCAACCAAGUCAGGUGUGAUCAUCUCAAGUUCUUGCUACAAUACCCCCAGCAGAGUACGAGUCUAUGACAGAGAUGGGAAAUCGGGUGAUCCUAUAUCAGCCGAAGAGGGUGAACAUCUCUACCCAGCAGUAGAUGGUGAAGACAGGGUGUUCAUUGCGAGUGUCAAUAAGCCAGCUGGUAGAAUACAAAUUACUCUCUACCGACCCGAAUGUUUGAUGCUCAAGAAUGUGAUGGAGUUCGAGGAGCUUGAACUAACGCUAAAUAGCACAUGGUGUUACCUAGUUUCUGUAUCCCGAAAUACACUUGCAUUUGUUUGUGGUACAAAAGUGUAUUUCCUUACUAUUCCACCUGGAAUAGUUCCUUUAGCUGCAGAAUAACCAGAAACCAAAAGCCAGAGUUGUCUGUAAGGGUUUUUUCACAUGAUAACAGUACUCAUGGCGUCUGAUAGUGUUAUAACCCCCAAGAUAGUUAAGAUAUACAUGUAGACACGUGUUACAUACAUGUACAUAUUAAGUUUUUGUGUACUGGAUUAGUUCUCGUCAGUACAAGAAAAUAUAUUUCUAUUCAAUGAUUUAAAGGUCGAGGUCAAUGUUGCGAUUUCAAGUAGUUUACAAAGAUCUGUUCUGUAUCUCCCCUCAAAUGGCGCAAUUGAAAAUACAUUAAAGCAGAAGUAGCAAUGUCGGUAAAAUACCCUGCCUUCAUUUGAAUAUCCCUAAAAUGGACACUAAACAAAUUAAAAGCUGUUCGUUAUCUUAAAUAAUCUCAAUUCAAUAUUAAUGACAUGUUCAGUCAGUUAAUGAAAGUUAUGAUAGUCGAUGGGUAUACUCCAUACUAUCAGUAUACCACACAAUUAUGUGCAUGCAUUAUUUGAAAACCAUUUUUUGUUUGUAUAUUGGUUGAGUUCUUUAUUUAUUACGUGCAUAUAUUUGAUAACUGUACAUAAUUGUUCAACGUUAGUAAAAACCAAAAAUACUUUUCUUUUAUUCAAUGAUUGUUAUUAAUGAUUGAUUUGUCAUAAAUUACUUUGGUUAUUGAACGAGAUCAACCUUGGAUAUAACUUUGUCUAUUCUUUGUCUCUGUUGACCCAAAUGUGUAGUUGUUUGAAAAUUGAACAUCUUUUGAAAAUUUUGAUAAGUGAAAUAAAAUAAAUGAAUGAAUGGAAAUAACAUACCAUACACACAGACUGCAACUCUUGUUAAAUACGCUUCCAAAUUCUGCAGUGAUUUUCACCGCUACUCGUUAUUUGUUUGUGAAUAUACUUUCAGCGUCUACAGUAUGAGAUUUGAAAUUUUCUUAUGUUCAGAGGUAAAGAUGGAAAGAGAUAAUAUCUAUUGUCUUAUUAGAGUUGAGAUGUAUUUCGUUAAACAUCAUGAACUGUAUCUAUUCAUAUUUUAAGUAAUAACCGCAUCAUAGAAACAUAACAUGGGUAAGCUAUUUGAUACUUCUGAGCAGUAGCAAGCAAUUCAAUUUAUAUUUUUCUUUGUUUCUUGUCAUUUCUCGUACUUUCAGAGUUUCAGAUAAUAUGUAAAUAAUGUACAUUGUAUGAUUCAAGAGUAUACUAACCAAAAUAAUACAGGAAAAGGAGUUGGUCCUAUUCAACAAAUAGUCUGUGAUGGAUGCCUUAAAUAGCAGCUGCGUUUUGUAAAUCCAUGUAGGCCUACUAUACGUUAUAAUUAUUAUUUUGUCUUCCAAAUUCUAUUCUGCAGUGGUUUUCUAAUUUGGUGUCUUCAUCAUUGAUGGUUGUGUACAUUGCAUUUUAAAAGAAUGGAAUUGACUGUAGUCAACUUGAACUUAAUUUGUAACUCCAAUUUACUGCUUUGGGAAGUUAAUUUUUUUACAAACAAACCUCUCAUAUUUAUUAGACUGUUUGGAAGCAAGGAAAGAUAACCAAAGAUAAGUCUUAAUCAUAAUUCUGUAGAGCUAUAAUUAUUUUGAAAUAUUAUGUAUAAACUUGAUUUGUUUUCUUCACAAGAUGAUGUCGACAUGAUUGAAGAGCUUUAUAAAGCCAUUGUUCGGUUGAACUUGUGUGUUAAUGAAGGGCCAAAUGUUUAAAGGUCAAUUGCAGAUUCGCAGAUAAUUACACUGUUCACAUAGUCUGUUAAAGGUGGUUCGAGUUGAUUUUAUCAUAUGUAAUAAAGUAAUAAAUCAGAGGACAGGACGGGAGAACAGGUUUGAAUCUGUUCAAUAAGGAUCAAAGUUUGUUAUUCAAAGAUCAACAAGUUUACAUUAUGAUAA